AUUCCUUUUGGAUUCGGGAGAAUUGCCGGCGAUCUGGACACGGGAUAAAAGAUGCAUUUUUUCCAUUCCAAGCCGAGUGUGUUGUGCAAAUGCACAUCCAUUAUUCACAGAAAACUAUGCUUGUCUAGCUUAUUAUGUUAUGACUAAUAAGGCAAUAAGCCAUGCAAGAAGAAACACAUUGUUGGAGAUUGAGUCCACAACUCAGACAUGGUGGAAAGAAGCCAAUGUUUUCAAUGCUGAUUCUUGUCAGGAGCCUCCCCAACUUAGGCAGAAGUUCUUUGGCAAUAUUCCUUUCCCCUAUAUGAACGGUGUCUUACACCUCGGACACGGCUUCUCAAUUUCAAAGCUCGAAUUUGCAGCUGCAUACCAUAGACUUAAUGGUAUGAAUGUGUUGCUGCCAUUUGCUUUUCACUGCACUGGCAUGCCGAUCAAGGCAGCAGCCGAUAAAAUUGCAAGGGAAAUCCAACAGUAUGGUGAUCCUCCACUAUUUCCUAACUUAGAAGAGGAUAAUAGGCUGAAGUACCAGUGGGAGAUUAUGCAUGAUCUUGGCAUUCAAGACAGUGAAAUAUCAAAGUUUAAAGAUCCACAAAAAUGGUUGAGUUACUUUCCUCAUGUUGCCAUGGACGAUCUUAAGGCCUUCGGUUUAGGUUGCGACUGGAGACGGUCCUUUGUUACUACAGAAAUAAACCCAUUUUUUGAUUCAUUUGUAAGGUGGCAAAUGAACAAGCUGAAAUCAAUGGGGAAGAUAGUUAAGGAAGCUCGACAUACAAUAUUUUCUCCUUUAGAUGGUCAACCAUGUGCAGACCAUGACAGAACUAUAGGGGAAGGGGUUCAACCUCAGGAAUACACUCUCAUUAAGAUGGAGAUGGUAGCACCAUUCAAUUCUCCAAAGAUGAAAGCAGCUUUGGAGGGUAAAAAUGUGUUUUUGGCUGCCCUGACUUCGAGGCCCGAGACGCUGUAUGGGUUGACAAAUGCAUGGGUGUCACCAGAAGGUCGAUAUGGAGCCUUUGAAAUCAACGAUACUGAUGUUUUGGUGCUUAGCCAUCGAGCUGCCCUUAACCUUGCAUACCAAGGGCUAUCUAAAAUCCCCGAGAAGACCAGUUGCUUACUCGAGCUGACAGGGUAUGAUUUGAUUGGGCUUCCUUUGAAAUUUCCGAUGUCGUUUCGUGAAAUUCUUCAUGUUCUUCCAAUGCUGGCAACAAUCAAUACCCGGAUUGUUGACAAAGGAACAGGAAUUCUAACCAGUGUUCCUAGUGAUGUGCCGCUCGAUUACAUCUGGUUGCACAACUUGAAGAUGAAGCCUGAUCUUAGAAUUAAGUAUGACUUGAAAGAUGAAUGGGUGCUUCCGUUGGAGAUUACACCAAUCAUAUUUGUUGACGGGUUUGGUGAUGAAGCUGUUGCAGAGAGAGUUUGUAAGGAUAUGAAAAUUGUUAGUCAGAAUGAAAAGGUGAAGCUUGAAGAAGCAACAAAAUUGAUAGAUUCACUUGAGGGAAAGCUGCUUGUUGGGGAACAUGCCGGAAAGGGAAUCAACAUAGUAAAGCCACUUAUCAAUAAAUCACUGAUUGAAACACACAGAGCAAUUCUAUAUUACGAACCAGCAAGUCAAGUCAUAUCAAGAUCUGGUGAUGAAUGCAUUGUGGCUUUGACAGAACAAUGGUUUAUCACAUAUGGUGAAGUUGAGUGGAAGAAAAUGGCUGAGGAAUGCUUGUCGAGCAUGAAACUAUACUCUGACGAAGCAAGACACUGGUUUGAGCAUUCACUAAGUUGGCUUAACAAAUGGGCAUGCUCACAGUCGUUUGGGCUUGGAACUCGGAUCCCAUGGGAUGAGCAGUUUCUUGUGGAGUCACUUUCUGACUCGUCUCUAUAUAUGGCUUACUACACUGUUUCUCAUCUUUUGCAUGGUGGUGAUAUUUAUGGUGCACGAUCGAACUCAUCCAUAAGACCCGAACAAAUGACAGGGUUUCAGGCAAGGAUCUGAUUCAAAAUCAUUUAAUGUUCUGCAUAUACAAUCACACAGCAAUCUUGCCCAAGCACCA